AUGAGAUUCAAAAUAUCUGUACAAGAAGAUAAUGGACAUAAAAGAUUACUCACUUGCGUUGCAUGGAAUUCAACAGAAGAAAUUUAUUCUUGUGGGGAAGAUCAUUUAUUAAUACGUUGGCAUUUAGAAGGCGGAAUUGCACAUUCCACUAUUGUGGCAGAAUUUUCUGGUGAUUUCUAUCCUACCGAUAUGCAGUGGCAUCCACGUCCUAAUCAUACUGCCUCUGUUAAAAAAUCUUUAGAUGUAUUAUUAAUUACUACAGCUGAUGGAAAAUACCAUUUAAUUAAUAAAAAUGGUCGCAUCGAAAAAAGUAUUGAUGCUCAUAAAGGUGCUACUACGAUAGGAAGAUGGAGUACUGAUGGUUCUGCAUUACUGACAGCUGGUGAGGAUGGAUUAAUUAAGGUUUGGUCUCGCAGUGGUAUGCUUCGAUCAACGUUAGUGAAAGCAAGUCUUCCUAUAUUAACAUCAAGCUGGAGUCCUGAUUGCUCAACGAUAUUAUAUGCUCAAGGUGGAAAUUUGCUUCUUCAAUCAUUUAAUUCAAAUUCAAAACCGUAUAAGUGGCACGCACAUAAUAAUCUCAUAUUGGUUGCUUGUUGGAAUUCGACAAAUGGAUUGAUAGUUUCUGGUGGCGAAGACUGUAAAUAUAAGGUAUGGGACGCUACCGGUCAUCAGUUAUAUUGCAGUAAUGUCGGUGAUCACCCUGUGACAGCUAUUAGUUGGUGUCAUUCUUCUGGCGAGUAUUUUGCUGUUGGAUCUUUCAACACAAUCAAGCUUUGUGAUAAAAAUGGGUGGUUGCAUUCUAUGGAAAAAGUAAAUACUGGAAGCAUUUAUAGCAUAGCUUGGUCCAGAGAUAGUACACAAGUAGCUAUGACAUGCAGUAACGGAAAACUUUUGACUGGUCAUGUUAUAGAUAGGAAAUUAGAAUGGGAUAAUUAUGAAGCAACAUUGAUAAAAAGGAAAAUAAUUGAGAUUAGAGAAAUCGGUAAUGAAUUUCGUGAAGUAUUAGAAAUUUCUGAUCGUGUUGUACAUCUCGAAUUUGGCUUCGAUCAUUUAGUCGUCAUUACACCCGCUCAAUGCCAUGUGUACGCUGUCACAAAUUGGAAUACACCAGCGAUUUUUAAUUUAAAGACAAGUACCAUCUCUGCUGUACUUCUUGCAGAAAAGCACUUUUUAAUAGUGGAAUGGAAUGCUGUAUCACUGUACAGUUACCAAGGCCGUUUAUUGGGUAGUCCAAGAUGGAAAGGUUUUUCUUCAGAACCACUUCAUCCUAUUUGCAUGUCAUUGUGUGCUGAUACUUUGGUCAUAAGAAAUCAAAACAACGAAAAACUACUUCAUAUUUUGGAAAUACCUCACAACAAGCCGAUAAUUGAAGGUCAAUCGCAUUUGCACUUGCACAACGUGACACAAGUGGCCUUAAAUUACCAUGGUGAUAUAAAAGAUCGACAAUUGGCAUUAAUAGAUGUCAAUAAAGAUUUAUUUUUAAUUGCAAUAAGAAAUAUAGGCUUUGGAAGAAUUUGCAAAAUAGCUGUAAUGGCUCAAAAUAUCGUAUGGGCAACCGACGCAAAUAUAUUAGCUGCAAUGUUGGAUGCAAAUCUGUCAGUAUGGUUAUGUCCUAACUGUGUUCACUACAGUGAUCGUAAAGUAAUACGACGUACAAGAAUCGAUAAGGAAAACAGCGAAUAUGGAAAACAGCCUAACAUCGUGAGUGUUCGUAAUGGUAUAGUUAUGGUGAGACGUGGAGACGGUGCUAUUGUAGCUUCAUCAUUUUAUAAUCUCUUCACAAGUUUUUACGAACACAUAUCAAACAAAAAAUUGAAAGAAGCGCUUUCUCUCUGUCGUAUAGCUCAGAACGAGAUAUUGUGGACUUGCAUGGCCGUUAUGACAACUGAUAACAGAGAAUUACACGCUGCAGAAGAAGCUUACGCUGCUAUUAGUAGAUUUGAAAAAGUUGAUUAUAUCAAAUACAUCAAGAAUAUACCCAAUGCUACAGAAAGACAUGCAGAAAUGGUACUACUGGCAGGGGAUCUGUCGAUGUCAGAAGGUAUACUGUUACAAAGUAGUCUGAUCAAAGAAGCUAUACAUAUCAACAUUCAAAUUUAUAAUUGGAAUAGAGCCUUGGAAUUAGCAAGAAAAUAUAAAAGGCAACUCGAGGAAGUUCUAGAUGCAAGAAAAAAAUACUUGGAGACCGUUAACAAGAAUGAAACCAAUCAUAACUUUUUAACAUUUUUGGAAAAUAAUGAGAUAAAAUAAAGCGAGC